AUGUGCGCCAUUUCAGAGGUGGACACUGGUGAAUGUUCACCAUUUUCACAGUCCAAGGAGGCAUCUCGACAAGAACUACCGUGGCAAGGAACAUCACAAGAUGUAUCAUACGUCCCAGUACCGAUCGCCUCCAUGACAAGUCAGCUCCAAGUCAGUUGGAGUCAGCUGCGAGACACCAAGAUCUUUUAUUGUAAACAGUUCCGCGACAUUCAUCUAAGGAAGAUUAGCUAUUUGAUGAUCAACUCGGUCACGUCUUCAUCGUCUGGCUCCGCACCGAACCCGGAGUCCAAGUGGUUCCAUCUGAAGAACCAGAACCUAACGUCGACGAAUAAUCUACCAUCGACGACGUCGCGUCGAGAUGAAGAUGGUUAG